AGACCACUGUAAAAAAAAAAGUCUCCUUUUGAGGGCUCACAGAGCGCUUUGCUUCCCCUCCCUUCCCAGUCCCCACCCUUGUACCCGAUCUGCCCCCGGUUUCAGCCGAACCGCAAAACUACAGGAGUUAUGGGGGUUUUCGCGAGGUUUGGUUUUUCCUGCUGGAAGCCGUUGGGACUCCUGUAGCAAGAGUUCCCUCUGGUGGUCACUGAUGGGGAAACGAGUGGCACUUCCGCGUCGUUAGGAUGCUCCUUUUGCUGCUUUUGUGCUGGAACGCGUUCUUGUUCAGUCACUCUCUGGCCUGCAUUGUUUGUAACAGCUUUUCCUUACCCAGGGCUUCUCCAGCGAAUGACAGGAGGCGUCCGUGUCCUGUUUCCUGCUGAUGUUCACGUUAUGUGCGUGUGGCCUCUGCCGUAACCAUCCCCACCUGGCUUGGAAGUAUCACCUGUGUCCAGGAUCCUGCCAGAUGCUGUCUCUGUGAUGUCACCACCAAAUAUAGCACUUCUGGUGAAGGCAGGUGACGGUAGCUGUUGUCAGAGACCUCUGCGCAGGGGGAAAUAUGUAAGCUUGGAGUGCAUGAUGGGUAGCAAGGAGAUAGAUUAGUCCCACUGGAUUAUGUGUGAGGGGAGGAGCCUUUCUGUUGCCAGCUGCAAAAUUUCAUUUUAAAGUCAAAACUUGCUACUGAAUUUUGCUGGGAAGUGUCAUCAAUUUGGAGGGAAAGCGACAUAUUGCAAGGGCUGGACCGGAGGGGUUCGGUUUGAAGAUGUGCAGAACUGAGGAACGGAGCAGUCUGAAACUGAGCAGGAUGGAGGGGUCCUGCAGCUGUAGAAAUAUUAGAAAUUCUGAAUGAAAUUGGCUGGGUGUGACAGAAAAUGGGGGUGGCAGUUCAUGGUGACGAGGAGGUACGGCCGUGGGCUCAUCAGCCGUGGCAUUGAGCCACGGGUGGUGAAAUACCAAUGCCGAGGUGGGAGUGAGCCCUCGUCUAGAAGGCGGUUCGGGUCCGUUGUGUGCAAGGGGGGCAGAGCUGAUGAGCCUAACUGCGGGAGCGAAGAGCUUGUCUUGUGGGGAUGGAUUAAACACGGACGGUUUGUUUAGGCCAGAGGAGACAGGGCUUCUCUCUCUCAACAGCCUUAAUACCUUGGGUGGGAAAACGAUACUCGGCAAAGAGAAUAACCGAGCCCAGGAACAACAGGACACAGGCUUGCUGCGGAGAGCUGUGAGCCGAAAAUUAGCUUUAUUUUAUCAGAGAUGUAAAAUUCCAGAGGGAUCUUCCUACAGCGGGGACAGGAAAAAUGAACGUUGUAAGAAUUCCGACCGCUUUCUAAAAACCCUUGCAGGAGGCGGAGCCUGCUGUGCCGAGGCCUCACGCCUCACAACCCCCCAACCCCCCCCCCAGGCCCGGCGUCUCACGCAAACGGUGCGUUCCCCGGCGGCGGGCCCGCGGGCGCCGGGGGAAAAUGGCGGCGCAGCCCUCCCGCUCGCCGUAGCGCUGGAGGACCGGCGACGCCGCGCUCUCCCCCUGCCUCUAUGGCCGUGCGCCGCGCCGCAGCCGGCUCCAGCUUCGGGUGGCGCUCUAUCCGGCCCGACGUCUCGGUGGCGGUUGUGGGCGGCGGCGCUCUGCGCCGCUGCGGCGGCGUCUCGCUGGCCGGGCGGAGGGCAGGCUUGGCGGAGCCAUGGCGGCCGUGCGGGGCCUGCGGAUCUCCGUGAAGGCGGAGGCGGCGGCGGCGGCGGCGACAGCGGCGGAGCCUCGCGGCCCCGAGCCUGAGCCGAUGGAAGUGGAAGAGGGCGAGCUGGAGACCAUCCCCGUCAGGCGCUCGCUGCGCGAGCUCAUUCCGGACACUAGUAGGAGAUACGAAAACAAAGCUGGAAGUUUCAUUACUGGAAUAGAUGUAACAUCCAAGGAAGCGAUCGAGAAAAAGGAACAAAGAGCAAAACGCUUUCAUUUUCGAGCUGAAGUGAAUCUUGCCCAAAGGAAUGUGGCACUGGAUCGGGACAUGAUGAAGAAAGCAAUUCCUAAAGUGAGACUGGACACGAUUUACAUUUGUGGGGUGGAUGAGAUGAGUACACAGGACAUCUUUGCCUAUUUCAAAGAGUAUCCUCCUGCUCAUAUUGAGUGGUUGGAUGAUACAUCAUGUAAUGUGGUCUGGCUUGAUGAAGUAACAGCAACACGGGCUCUAAUAAAUAUGAGUUCCUUGCCUGACCAGGAGAAAACAAAAAGCAGAGAAAACAAUGAAGAGAAGACAGCAGAAAAAUCCAAGAAAGAAAAACAGGAGGAAAGUUCUGAUGAUGAGACAGAAGAAGGCGAGGUUGAGGAUGACAAUCCAAGUGAUGUUGAGUUGGAUGCCCUCUCCCAGGUAGAAGAGGAUUCCCUCCUGCGUAACGAUCUUCGCCCUGCCAAUAAACUGGCUAAAGGAAACAAACUUUUCAUGAGAUUUGCUACUAAAGAUGACAAAAAAGAGCUGGGAGCAGCGAGGCGAAGCCAGUAUUACAUGAAAUACGGCAAUCCAAAUUACGGAGGCAUGAAGGGGAUUCUUAGCAACUCUUGGAAACGAAGAUACCAUUCACGUCGAAUCCAUCGGGAUGUGAUAAAGAAAAGGACACUUAUCGGGGACGAUGUUGGCUUGACUCCUCCUUACAAACAUCGUCAUUCAGGCUUAGUAAAUGUUCCUGAGGAGCCUAUUGAGGAGGAAGAAGAGGAGGAGGAAGAUCAGGAUAUGGACGAAGAUGACAGAAUCGUGGUAGAGUACCGUGAUGAACUGCAAGCUUUUAAACAGUCCCGAGACCGCAGUGCAGCAAGACGAUCGAGUGCUAGUGCAUCUGAUUCUGAUGAAAUGGACUAUGAUCUCGAACUGAAAAUGAUAUCAACACCCUCUCCCAAAAAGAGCAUGAAAAUGACAAUGUAUGCAGACGAGGUGGAAUCACAACUGAAAAAUAUUAGGAAUUCCAUGCGAGCAGACAGCAUAGCAACCAGUAACAUAAAGAAUCGGAUCGGCAGUAAAGGAUCGUCAGAGAAGGUUGCAGAUGUGAGACUACUGUUAGAAGAAAAACGUCAGAACAAUACUGGGCCACGUCAGCCAAACAGCACUGUAAAAUCAGAUGUGCGGCAAAGACUGGGAAAAAGACCACAUUCUCCAGAAAUUAAACCUCCAAGUAGUACCUCUGCUCCUCGUCGAGAACCAAUAUCAGAUGUACACAGCCGGUUGGGAAUCCCCAAACAAGACGUAAAAGGCCUCUACUCUGAUACCAGAGAGAAGAAAUCAGGUAAUUUAUGGACCCGACUAGGGUCUGCUCCGAAGACACAAGAAAAGACUUCAGAUAAACCUGAAAACUCUGUGGCAUCUCCAGAGGAAGAUGAUUCAGAGCUUCAGCGGGUUUGGGGUGCUCUCAUUAAGGAAAAAGAACAGUCUCGGCAAAAAAAGAGUCGAUUGGAUAAUUUACCGUCUCUACAAAUUGAAAUCAGCCGAGAAAGCAGUUCUGGAUCAGACACCGAAUCAUGAUUGUUUUUACAUUCUGAUCCUCAAGAUUGUGACUCUGCAGUGUGGCAAGAUUUCCUUUGCCCAAAAGCUGGACACUGGCAAAGACUCUGCAGUGAAGGUUCCAAAAGUGUCUCUUCCUUUUAUACAAAACCAGAGAUGCGUGUACCACUUGAAACCUAAAGCAGUCGCGUUUGUCUGGAGUCUGUGGUUGGCCCUGUGUUACGCAGGGCAUUGUCAUAUAUGUUUAUUACAGCAAGCCUCUAGUUAAUUCUAGCAAAACACUUCUCCCCAAGCUUUGAACUUAAAAGAAGAGGCAGAAAUGCUCUGUAUUUUUAAGACGACCUUUUUGUUCUUAAUAUUUUUGACAUGGAGCCUUUUAACAAAAUAUUUUACACAGUUCAUCCAAAGAACAGGGCAUUUCAUAAUCAAAAUCACUGCCUUGCCCUUCUGGCUCUUACCAGCACCUUUCCUUUCCUUUUGAAGUAAUAACAAUAAUGCUUCCCGGGUAGGCAGCCAGCAAGGAUAAAGCAUGAAGGGACUAUCGUGUUCCCUUCCUCCAAAAUACUGAAUGUAAAUCUGUUUUGUGUUUUAGUACAGUGAAAUUUCACAUAGUACCCGAGUAGCAUCACUGCUCUUGAGGAGUUCUGCUCAUAUAUUUUGGUGAUACUGUGUUCUGCUGUAGUAGGGAUUGAGAUGUUCAAGACUGCAAAGUUGGAUGUUUGAGAAUUGUGUAAAUUCCCAAGGGUUUAACUUUUUUUUUGUUACGUGACAAAAAAUUAUAUUUCUUUCAUUUUAUCUGUAUUAUGUUUUGAAGAAAUCUAACAAUUUAAAAACAUACACUUUUAUAUUUGUGAUAAUUUUCCUGUUGGCCACGGUGAAAGCUAUAGUGGUGUUUUCCUAUGUGCUGUUUAACUAUAUAUAUAUAUAACUGAAAGAGAAAAGGAAAACUAUAGGAUCACUGUCUCAUGUCAAUAUUUUUGAAUGUUCUUAUUGUAUAGUACAUGUGGACGUGCAUAUGGUUGACUUGUUAUGUUCAGCUUUUUUACCCGCAUACCCUCUCGAGGUAGGAAGAAGGUUUGAUCAGUGUGCAACUGCAGUUUUUUUUCUUGUUGCCUAUGGCAUUUAUUUUGAUUGCCAAUAAUUCUAAAUAAGGAAUAAUGCUAGCACAUCACAUUCUGGUAAACGGAACAGGUAGCAAAACCAUGGUCUGCCACAUUUUGAUAGUCUAAAAAUUUGUUUGCAUUGUCCCUGUUUCCUAGGUUCCAUCAGUCCAAAAUGUCUAUGAUCUCUCUUCCCCUUUCUGCAUUUUAACAAACGUUUUGUCUGUCUUCCCCCCUAUUUUUGUACUAAGUUGAAGUAGGCUGGAGGCUUCACAAAAGCAAGGACUCUGCAAUUAACUUUUCUUAUUGCUUUAUUAUGUGUAAGAAUAGGAGCAUGUAAAAUUAAAGGUAAAAAUGAAAGGUACAGUGACUAGAAGGGUCACUGGGGACUGACUGGGCUUCAAGCCUUAUUAUUUCCUGUUUUGUGACACUCAUCCUUGAUUUUACAUUUAAUUAUUGCAUAUAUAAAUAUGUCUCAUAAAAGAACUGUUGAGACUAAAUGACUGCAAUGUCUGAUCACUGUAAUAAUUAAUUUUAGUGUGUGCUUUCAUUAAUAUCCCUUCCAGAAUUUUCAGAUGGAAUCAUACCCAUACCGUACUCAUUUCUCAAGAUCCUGAGAAAAUUUAUUUAACCGGUGUCUUUUUGCCAGUAAACCUUUGUGUUGUAUUACUGCUUUGAAUCCAUUAUGGCCUCUCCUUUUCCCGAAAGGCAGUGGUAGAUUUGAGUCGUGCACGUGGCCUGUGAAGGCUGGCUUCUGCGCUGUUGUGACUCUCUGCAUGUUUUUAAGCUCAGCAACUGGUUGUGCUCUGCUGGUGACGUUGCUGAUGACCGCUGUGUUUCCAUGUAAAUGCGCCUAACUCCAGCCUGGUGAAGGACGGACUAACUGGUACGGAGGGCAGAAUGGGAACAGAGAAUCUCUUCAGCUGAUACAGCGGAACUGAACUAAUGGAUGCGUGAAAGCAAGCGAUGCGGGCCGAGGCUUGCGCUCGAGGAAGAGGAGCCAUUAACACCGGGUGUGUCUUGCAGGUAGUCGUAAAUAAGCCUUACAAGUGCCUCCGUGUCAGUCCCCAGGGCUGUCGUGCUUAUGGUUCGGGGGAGGGUGUGUAAAUGUGCGUUCAUGAGACCGUGGUAGCUUAGCUGCAAGAAAAACAGAGGUUUACCACUGAAGGGACCUAUGGAGAGUUUCUGUAAUUGUUUCCCUGGGUUUGCUUUUCCAUGAUGUACAGAGAAGCCUUGAAAAGUGUUUGCUGGUGUCAGGAAUUCUAGCUUCGGUCUUCCGUAGUUACCUGAACAUGAACUGCUGGGUUUUGACAAUUAAAAAUGAGCACUGAAUCUUUAGUUGACUGCUUUUUCCUCAACGUGGUUAAUUUAAAUCUGUUUGACCUAGAGAGAGAUUGCAGAGAGAAUUUUGUGGUGAGUCCCCUUCUUUUUGUGGUCAGCUUUGUGCUGGUAGCUAAUGUGUUCUUGAUCUUUCACUGAACUCCCAGUUAUUAUCACCUUCAAGGAAUUUGAUGCAGGAAUUCAUGUUCUGAUACUGAGAUGUGCAACCUGUGUAUUUUACUGAAAUGAAUUUAUGUUGAGAAUUGCAAUAAGUUCGGCUUUGGCUUUCGCUGGAGGAUCUAUGCCUUGGAGGAAGAAUGUUUCUGAGUUUUAGGUGACUCGUUGCAGGACCACAGUAGUCCCUCUAGAAAGAUUUUGCUGGUUUAAAAAGGGUUUGGUGGGUUUUUUUGGUAAAUUUUUCAGGUGACUGUUAUAUUUGCAAAAGAAAUUGUUGUGCUGGCUACGGGCUCUGUGCCCGCAGCUGUCCUGGGAUGGACUGAACGUGUGGCAUUGAUGAUGGUGAGACUUGAAAGUGAGGGGGUUUUUGGUUUUUUUGUGGGUGGGUUGGUUGGUUGUUUGAAGAUGACGGCUGUGUUCAACAGACAGAAGGAAAGCAAAAAAACCCACAACCCCUCAUUUCAGUUCAAGAUGACAUUAUAAUGCGGAAAAUAAUGAAACAUUUAUUUAAACAGCUGUUCUAUUCCAAAUAAAAGUGGUCUGACAUCAGCCUGCCCUAUCCCCUUUGCUGGAACGCACCUAACACAGGACAUGCGCGGUGGCCUCUCCGGGCCCGGCCGCAAGCCACCCCUUCCCGCCCUCAGCCGCGCGGAGGGGCCCGCCGCGCCCCCGCCUGGCCGGAGCAGUGGUACGGCCCGCGCCGCCCCCCCCGCCCCCGCUGCGGGGUGGUACGUCCCAAGCCUUCAUAAGCCGCCGCCGGAGGCAUCCCCGCCUUUUCGUUCUGCGGCGGCAGAAAGAUGUCCUGAAGUAAAGGAGCCCGCUCUUUCCAGAUCCAUGUGACUCACUUGGGACAGGGGCAGGUCGCUCUUUGGAGAUGGCCCGAAUGUGAAGCUCCUCACAAGUCCUGCAGAAGGCAGUGAGACAGCAAGAGCAAGAGAUUCUUCUGGGUGCUGAGGCUGAAAACGUCUGAAGAGGAGCCCAAUGAAACGGGUGCGUGAGGUUGGGGCUGGUGUUUGUAAACACUGCGUGUUUUUCUGCACUAAGAUGUUAGGAAACGGUAACAGUUUGGAUUACACAUAAUAAAAUUCUUGAUAAAACCCCA